AGGAUUGUUGAAGAUGAAGGCAACCGUAAUCUUAUUUCUUGGUCACCGUGUGGCGACUUUUUACGCAUCUACGAUUGCGAUGAAUUUGCACGAGUUGUUCUUCCGCGAUACUUUAGACACUGCAACUGGACUAGUUUUGUACGUCAGCUCAAUAGUAAUGCUUGUGGCAGCAGCAACAGCAUAAAGUCCGCCGAUAAAAGUGUUUUGACUUGGGAAUUCAAGCAUGAAAGUUUCCGUCGCGAUGCCCCCAAGAACCAGCUAUCACAGAUCAAGCGUAAA